GCCCUCUCUCGCCUGCGCAAGGAACUCGACAUGCUGCAUCGCGAGCCUCCGCCUGGCAUCAGCGCCUGGGCCAAGGAGGACGGCUCCUUUGAGAUUGAGGCCGUGAUCCACGGGGCGGAGGACACGCCGUACGCGCGGGGCAGCUUCCACCUGCUGCUCGCCGUGCCGGAGCGGUACCCCUUCGAGCCUCCGCGCUUCACCACUCCCAUCUACCACCCGAACAUUGACUCUGCCGGCCGCAUCUGCCUCGACAUCCUCAACAUGCCUCCCAAGGGCGCGUGGAAGCCGUCGCUCAACCUGCCGACCGUCCUCUCGUCGAUCCAGCUCCUCAUGUCCCACCCCAACCCCGACGACGGGCUCAUGGUCGAGAUUACGCACGAGUACAUCCACCACCCCGAGAGGUUCAAGCAGACGGCAGAGGAGCGCACCCGCCGCCAUGCG